AUGCAACGUGUCUCUCCGAAUAUUAAUCUUCAUAAUGAAAUUUGGGAUAACACUACAACAAAAGACAUUCCACAAAUAUUGAAAAAUACAUCUCCAUCACCAAAGUUUUGGAGAAGAGAGGAUAUUCUGGUUCCCAAUACAAAAAUUCAGGUAAAAAAGGAAAUUGAGACAAUUCAUUUGUUGGAAGAGGAAGAAUUUGAUUCAACAGAAAGAGAGGAAGAGGAAGAGUAUGAAACGGAGGAAAUUGUGAAUCAUGAUAGGUGUAUCCUAUUGAAAAAUAUUUUAAGUGAAGAAGAGUGCGAGAAUUUGGUUUCAGUUACUGAAAAAUUAGGGUAUAAUUCUAUUGAACAUGAAUAUGUGAAAGAGUAUCGUAAUAGUGAGAGAGUUGUAGUGACUAGUAAGAAGCUUGCCAAUAUCAUUUGGGAAAGAAUGAUCCCACAUUUGAAAAAGUCUGAUUUCAAUGGUGUAAAACCUUAUGGUUUCGACAAUAAGGGAAGAUGGAUUCCAAUAGGGCUAAACAGCUGUCACAGAUUUAACAAAUAUUCUGAGAAAACCUUCUUCAAACCCCACAUGGAUGCUCAACAUUGUAAUAAUGAUAAUGAGAGAAGUAUUUUCACUGUAUUGAUUUAUCUCAAUCACUCUCUAUAUGGAACUAGAUUAUUGAAAAAGGUUCCAAAUCCCAACUCAAAUGAUGACCCCUCUGUUAUGAGUUUCCAAGAGUUGCAAUAUGUACAACCAAGAAUAGGUAAUAUUUUAAUAUUCAAUCAUGACCUCUAUCACAGUGGAGAUUCAGUUCGAUAUGGUAGCAAGUAUAUUAUUAGAACAGAAAUGAUUUUCAAAAGAGUUGACUCUGAGAGUAUUCACAGAAUGGACUAUAGAAACACUGAAGAAUUUUUGAAAGUUAAACAACUUGUUGACGAAUCCACAGAAUUGGAAAAACAAGGAAUGGUCAGAGAAUCAACUUUGAAAUAUUUGAAAGCUCACCAGGCCCAAGUUGAUUUAUCACACUCUCUCAGAUCGGAUAAUACUGAAAAACAUUAUAGCUUUAUAGAACAAGAACUUCCAGAAGAAAUAUUUGCUCAUAUUUUCAAAUACCUUCCUGUGACUGACGUUGUAAAGAGCGUGUUUUAUUUGAACAGGGAUAUCAAUGAGUAUGCAAGAAAUGCACAAUUGUGGAAAGAAUUAUAUCAACAAAAAUGGCCUUCAAAGUUGACUGUUAAUAACGUUGUUGCAUAUAAGUAUAACUAUAAUUAUUCCAAAUCUGAAAAUGUCCCACCAAACUAUAUAGAUGUGGAGAGUGCUGAAAACCAAGCUAUUGCAAAUAUUGAAUCAGAGAGAACCAGUAUUUUUGGUGAGACGCUCAAAGAUUGGUAUCAAACUUUUAUUUGCAGAGCUAAUAUGGAACUUUCGUUUUGUCCUGUCUUGUUAGAUAUUGGUGCAAAGAAUUACAGAUUUGGAUUGGCUAGAGAUAGUGCCUUUUUCACAUCUUGCUCAUUAGUUGGGCAACCAGAUCAUCCUCACUUUUAUUUACCUAACUAUGGCAUGGACGAUAUUGUGGUUGGUGAUAGAUACAUCCUCACCAUUCAUCACUGCUCGUCUUUACCCCUCCUGGCAACAAAUGGACAAAUAGUAGAUUUUAACAACUUGAAGAUUCUUUUGUGCCAAGUUUAUGGUGAUGAUUUAAACGUUAAAUUGAGAGAACAUCCACUCCUUCUUGCAGUAUCUCCAAUGUGGAGUCAAGAUGAUUUGAACCGAAUUAGAAAGAUUGUGUUUGAGUUGGAAAUUCCUGCACUAUGCAUGGUUGAUUCGAGAGAACUUGUUUCAAAUUACUACCAAAAACCAAAUUCCAUACUAGUUCAUAUUGGUGCCUCCGGAAAUAUGUGUACUGCAAUUCAAAAUCACAAGCCUCUUCAGGACACCUUUUCAAGUGAGACUUUAAAUCUGAAACAAAUUCUUUCUCAAUUUACAUCAAGAACUCAAUCAUACUAUUACGAACAAUAUAACUCAUGGGAUCAGGAAUUACAUCAGGGCGCUAUUGUUCCUCCAAUCUUGCAGGAUGAAGAUGUUGCUGCUUAUAGGAAAUUUGUUUCUGAACUCGGAAGAUGUAAACUUGGACAAGAAUCAGCCUAUAAUCGUACCUAUUUAUCUGCAGAACAGAGAGUUUCAAUUGGUGAGAGUAUUUUACUGUCAACAUUAAGUCAAUUCACUAAAUGCAUCCAAACUGUAAUCCACUCAACACAACUCACCGAUUUAGAAAAGCAACAAAUCUUACAAAAUAUUGUGAUUGUUGGAGGAUUUUCUCACGUGAAAAAUCUUACUUCCAAGCUUACUGAACUCAUUUCAAAAAUCUACAAUGACAUUCCUUUCAAAAUCACUCCAACCUUCACCUACCAAUCCUUCCAUGAAGUACAAAGUGUCAAUAGAAAAGGAAUUAAGUACAGCCAUUUUGGGGCUUGUUAUGAUGUGAUUGGAGGUGCUAAGAUCCUCGCCUCUCUCAAUAACUUUAUCGAUAUCUCGACUCUCCCAACAACUCCAAUUAAAAGUAAUUUCCUAACCAAGGAGGAAGAAGAGGAAAAUCAAAUCAUUAUUCAUAGUAGUCGAGGAGAUGAACAACAGGAAAAACAACAAGAGGAAUUACUAGCCUUACAAAAUCAAAUUUUCCUCUCACAGACUGGUAUUUCAGAGACACCAAUACUUGAUAGUGCUGGUAGAGUUUUAUUCGCUCAUAAAACUUCAUCGAUGAGUAUGACACACGAUCAGCAGCAACAACAUCAACUUGUACCAACAUCACCAUCGAGAAGUAGAAUUCUAUCAAAUGUAUCAUCAUCAGGUGUUGGUACUGCUGGUGGAUUGAAUAAUCAAGAUGUCAUUGGAGCUAGAGAUGUAAUGCUAUUAACACCAACUAAACAACAUCAACAACAUAACAAUAAUUUGGCAUCUCCUAAAGGGUCUGAGAAAUCCUCAUCUCGACAUUUUGCUCUAUUUGAUAGUGCAGAUUUGGAAGAGGAGAAGCACCAAUCGGAAAAGUUUACAACUUUGGAAAGUAAUAGGGAAUCACUUAAAUUAAUGAAGAGAAGACAUCGAGAAAAUUAUCUACCAGAGACUUUUCUUCACUUUUGUAAACAUGAAACAUCUAAGAUUUAUGGUUGGAGUUUAGAGAGCGAGAAACAUUCUGUCCAAUUUUAUAACAAAUCGAUAUCACUUCAUUCAUUGACAACUGGAGACUUUUCUGCAAUUUCUAGGUUAACUUCACAAAAUACUUUAGAAAGUACCAGUACACAGGAUUUAUCGAAAAAUUUACGAUUCAAGCAAACACCAAUGAUUAACGAUUCUGUUAAUUUUGUAAUUGCCAAUAGAUUUGUUGGUAUUUUGAGUGAUACGAAUUUUAGGGAUGCAUAUUUGGCUUGUAAGGAUAUUCAAUUGAGAAAACAAGCAAAACAAAUGGAAGAAGUUGUAGUUUUGGAAAGUUAUUAUCAUGUGGAAGGACCUGAAAUUACUGAUUCACGAAAAUCUAAGAUACCAGAUGAGAGUUUUGAUAUUAUUUAUCAGAGAACCUCAUCACCGAAUACUCUAUUUGUUUCAAAGAGAGAAUAUCUCACAGCAAGAUACUUUAUUGAGGAAUCGGAACGAUUAAUUAUUUUGGAAAGAUCUAUCGAAAAGAUACUUCCCAUUCCAUCAAUGCUUCAAGCACUGACCAUGGAGAAUGAUAAGAUACUGAACGAUUUCAAGAAUGAGCAUCAUCAUCACCAUCUGAGUGAAACAAACACUCCACUUCAAUCCAAUAAUAAUUUACAAAAUGAUAUUUCACUUUCUCCUUCACAACGACAACGUAGUAGGAGUGUUGGAAUGAGCAAUUCUAGUAGGCCAAUAAGUGAAAUUCACAUGACACCACUCUCUGCCAGAACAACUACAUCAUCUCAUAUUUUACAACAAAGCGCUCCGAAUUUAACUUUACAACCCUAUCCAAACGACACCCUCAAAACCACACUUGCAAGCAGCACUGCUCCAACUCAGAAAGGUGUGGUUCGAGCUAAUAUUUUAUUCCAAAUUUUGAUAUUUGAUCGAUUGAGCGAUACGGAGACCAAGUUCCAGAUCAUUAAUAAUGUAGAUGUUAAGGGGUGGCUUAAAUCUUGGAAUUCCAUUACUCAGAAGAGUACGCCACACAAAAUAUUUGAAGAUUUUGUUGAUGUAAUUGAAGAGCACAAGAAGAAUACAAAGUAG